AUGCCGUUCGUAGAUAUCCUAUUACCUCCACCGGACUCUGCACUGGGCAUCAAGCACUACGCAUUCGUCAUUGUCGGCGCGUCGACCACUGCUUAUGCAGCAAUUGAAGCCAUUCUGCAGCAUGAGCCGACGGCGGACAUUCUCGUGCUCAGCGACGACGUUCAUUUACCUCGAGUUGACCACAAACACGACUCGGAAGAUUCCGAUACGUCCCCAUCGAGUGAUGGCGACGAGGCUGCAUCACGGCUGAUCAUGUCCAACACACUCUUCGACACUUUUAAUGAGUGGCGGCGGUCGAUCACCCCAUGGCUCGAAGUUGACGUGGCGACACCUCCGAAUGUCGUCACAUUAGCCACAGGAAAACAUCCAGUCCGUGUCGAUGUCGAGGCAAAGCUCAUUGCUUUGGACGAUGGCUCGAUGAUUGCUUUCGACAAGUGUUUGAUUGCCACUGCAGGCAAGCCACGUCCUCUGUAUGUCCUCGACAGUUCUCGCUUGUCGUAUGCUCUCGACGACUGCAUCAACACGACGGCAUCACGCAGUGACUUUGAAGCGCUACACCGGUUAUCUCCCGCCAUAAAAUCUGUGUCAAUCAUUGGCGGUGGCUUUCUUGCAACGGAGUUGGCCGUCGCACUCGCCGCGGCUCAGCCUAACCGGCAGGUUGAGCUCCUCUUCGUAACCAUGCCAGGGCCAUGCGCCCACGAAUUGCCCUCAUACUUGAGCGUCGAACUCAAAAGGCGGUUGGAAAGCCUCGGAAAUGCACAUGUAAAGCCAGGCACACUUGUCACCAGCGUCAAAACAAAUUCCAACGUAGACCGACGCUCCAGCAACGAUUCGCCUCGUCACAGACUAUGUCUGCUAGCCCCGACGCACAUCGACCCAACGGUGCACGGCGUCGUCGCCGCGAGUCUUGAAGUCGAUCCACAAAACGGAGGCAUCGUCGUGAACGCUCAAUUGGAUGCGUUGGCCGACAUCUUUGUGGCCGGAAGCGCCGCGAGUUACUUUGACGAAUUUGUGGGGCGGCGCCGCGUCGAUCGGUACGACCAUGCGGUCAACUCGGGGCUCUUGGCAGGCUACAACAUAGCGGCGCCGACUGGGACGAAAAAGGUCUACCGACACCAGCCCAUGUUUCGAAGCAACAUGAAUUGGACUGGCGUCACGUGUGAAGGCGUGGGGGUGAUCGACGCAUCGCUGCGAACGGUAGGGGUGUGGCUGCGCCCAUCCCGAUCGUCGGCAAAGCCCUACGAACGCGGCAUCGUGUACUACCUCCGGGGCAACAAGAUCGUCGGCAUGUUGUUGCGGAACGCCGAGGACAUGCUCGAGAAAGCCAAGAUAGUCAUGGCAACGAAACCUACGGUUGCGAGCGUGGCAGACGUCCCCAAGGUGAUCUCGCUCGGGCCGGACGAGUGGCUCCACAUCGAGACAACAGAAGGACUUCAGAUCCAUGCCCACCAAAAUUAG